UUGAAGUUGUUUAAAUUUUGGGCGUUCCUAAUAAGCAUCGUACAACUUUAAUGUAAAUUGUGUGAUAAAUAUUUAAAUGGAAAUUUUAAGAAGUAUAAAUACUUGGUUUUGGAACGAUUACGUAUGGCUACCACCAAAUAUUACUUGGAACCACAUAGGUGACACUAGUAUUAUAAACUAUGCACAAUUCAGCGAUUUAAAUGCGGCAUUCAAAGUAGCUUUAGCGUUGUUGGCUUUGAGAUAUAUCCUAGAUCAAUUUAUAUUCUCACCUUUGGGAUGCUAUCUUGGGUUAAGACCCAAAAAAGCAAAGAUUCCUGAUAAUACUGUGUUAGAAAAAGCUUUUAGUGAAAAUGGCAAAAUUGGUUAUAAACAAGUAAAAGGCUUAGCAAAACAAUUGGAUUGGAGUGAAAGAAGGGUGGAAAGAUGGAUUCGUAGAAGAAUUUCUCGAUCAAAACCUUCAACAUUAAGUAAAUUUACAGAAAGUGCGUGGAGGUUUACAUUCUACUUAUGUGCAUUCUGUUAUGGUCUAUACACCUUAUGGGAUAAACCCUGGCUGUGGUCUACUAACGACUGCUUUUAUGAUUAUCCUCAUCAUAGUAUAACAGAUGAUGUCUGGUGGUAUUACAUGCUUGAAUUAGGGUUUUACUGGUCUCUUGCAAUUUCCCAGUUCAUGGAUACAAAGCGAAAGGAUUUUCUGCAAAUGUUUGUGCAUCAUAUAGUAACAAUCAUGCUUCUCACAUUUUCAUGGACAUCAAAUUUAUUUCGUAUAGGCAGUUUAGUGCUUGUAAUUCACGAUUUUGCAGAUGUUCCUUUAGAGGCUGCAAAGAUGGCUAAAUAUGUUGAAAGUCAGAAAGUUGCUGAUAGCUGUUUUGCUGUUUUCACUAUUGCAUGGAUUAUAUCACGCCUUGGUCUUUAUCCAUAUAGAAUAAUUUAUUACACUAUGUAUGAAGCUCUUCUAAUUGUUCCAAUGUUUCCUGCAUAUUAUGUAUUCAACUCAUUGUUAUGUGCUCUUCAAAUACUGCACAUUGUGUGGACCUGGAUGAUAGUGAAAAUUGCAAUACGUGCCAUGUCAUCAAAAAAUCCCGGUGUCAAAGAUUUGCGAAGUGAUAGUGAGGAAACUGAAAGUAUCAGUAGUGAGCCAGAAAUAGACACCAAUGCCAAAGACACUUCUAGUCAAGAAAAUAGCAACUAUGUCAAGAAAAUGUCUUGACUUUGAUAACCAGUGUUUUCGCUGCCUAAUUCAUUCCGCUGUUCCUUAUAGCAGCCUAAAAUUUAUAUUCCAAAGAAUUUGCUGGCAUUUUUUUGUGAACAAUGUUUACUUAGUAGAUUUUACUAAGGGAACAAUUAGCUUAAAGGCUUAUUUGAAAUUUUCAUCACCUAGUUUGUCCUAACAGGAAGACUAUAGUGAAGACACUUAGCAUUAUCAUGAAUAAUUUUCAUUUUCAGCUGUUGUUUGAAACAUUGAUAAAGUUUCUAAAAUUUAUUUCAAUAUUUUUAUAGAUUAAUUAAAUGUUCAUUUCUGUGCAAAGUAUUUAUUUGUUAUUUUUUUAUGUUAGACAACUUUUGAACUUAUGUACUUAUUUUUAUUAAAUUUUUAAGCAUUUGUGUUACUACUUAAAUGUUCUUUAAUGCUUUGUUUUAGAAAAUGUACUGAAACAUAAAUUU